GCGGAGGAGCAGCACACCCCGCCAGUCACAGGCAUGUACCGGGGGGACAUGGCGAGGAGCGCAGCCUGGGACAGGACGUGAGGCUCCCCAAUUACCCAAUAUGGCCAAUGUCAAGGUAGCGCUGCGGGUGAGACCGCUCAGCAAGAGGGAGCAUGCCGAAGAAGCAAGAGUCAUAGUAAAUGUUGAUGAGAAAAUAGCACGGAUCAGAAAUAUAAAGUUGGAUUAUAAACCAGAAAGCGGUGGGGACACCAGAGAGCGGCUGAGUGAGUUUGGUUUUGACUACUGCUAUUGGUCAGUUGAUCCAGAAGAUCCAAAAUAUGCUUCUCAAGAAGUGAUUUUCCAAGACCUUGGCACCACAGUUCUGUCAGAAGCUAUUAGCGGCUAUAAUGUGUGUCUAUUUGCCUAUGGACAGACCGGCUCAGGGAAGACGUACACAAUGAUGGGUACUCCAGCAUCAAUUGGAUUAACACCCCGCAUUUGUGAGGGUCUGUUCAGUUAUAAUGAUGGCUCUCCAGGCACUCCAUCCUCAAGCCGGAUUGAAGUGAGUUUUCUAGAGAUUUAUAAUGAGCGAGUCCGGGAUUUGCUACACCAGUCUGAUCAGAAGAAACCCUAUACACUGCGGGUCCGGGAGCACCCGGAGAAGGGGCCAUAUGUGCAAGGAUUAUCACAGCAUGUAGUUACUGAUUAUGAACAAGUUGUUGGUCUCCUAGAGCAAGGGAUAGAAAACCGAAUAACAGCAGCUACCCACGUCCAUGAUGCCAGUAGCCGUUCUCAUGCCAUCUUUACUAUCCAGUAUACACAGGCUUCGUUAGAAGAUAAUCUACCAUCAGAAAUUGCCAGCAAAAUCAACCUGGUAGACUUGGCGGGCAGUGAAAGAGCUUCUCCAAAUUACUGCAAAGACCGUCUCACCGAAGGCUCAAACAUAAACAGGUCCUUGGUGACUCUUGGGAUAGUCAUCUCUGCAUUAGCUCAGAAUUCCCAAAUGAGUAGUAGCUGUCAAAGCAUCAACAGCAUCCUCAGUGAUGGAGACAGCGGGAUACCAAGCAGCCCCUCAGGAAGCAGUGCAACUGGAUCAAAGCGGCAGCCAUUUGUGCCUUACAGAGAUUCCAUUCUGACUUGGCUUUUAAAGGACAGUCUUGGGGGAAACUCAAAAACGAUAAUGAUUGCCACUGUGUCUCCAGCAAGUAGCAGCUACAAUGAAACUAUAAGCACCUUGCGCUAUGCGUCAAAUGCCAAAAACAUCAUCAAUAAACCCAGAGUGAAUGAGGAUGCUAAUGUAAAACUGAUCAGAGAGCUCAGGGAAGAAAUUAAUAGAUUAAAGGCCAUGCUGAGGAAUUUUGAAAUGAGAACCAUUAGUCCAUCUUUUAAUGAGGAACGAGAUGGAAACCUAACAGAACUGGUUUUGCUAAAUGAACUAAAGAUUGAGCAGCUCACCAAAGAUUGGACAGAUAAGUGGACGGAUAAAGCUGCUUUUAUGGAGCAGUACAACGUGGAUAUCAACGAGGGGAAAGCCAGGGUGACCAUAGACUCUGGGUUACCUCACCUCAUUGCAAUGGAUGAUGACAUUCUCAGCACUGGAGUCGUGAUUUAUUAUCUCAAGGAAGGAACAACACACAUUGGGAAUGGUGAUCAUGAUAUAGUUCUACAGUGUGAGGACGUUCAGGAGGAGCACUGUGUAAUCGAGAACAAGCUUGGGGUAGUAGAACUGAGGCCGUCCCUUGGAGCACUCUGCAGAGUCAAUGGGCAGGAAGUCAAAGACGUCUGUCGUUUGUCUCAAGGAGCCAUCAUAGUUUUAGGAAAAUCUCAUAGAUUUCGAUUUAACCACCCCGCAGAGGCUGCUGUGCUGAGGCAAAAGAGAUCUGACAGUCAGGCAUCGUUUGUAAGUGAUUGCUCUCUGGAUUGGCUGGACCUGUCCGGAGAUUUCUCCUCAUCCUCAAAAGGGAACUCUCUCAUCUUAAACACAAGAAAUUCAGAGCCUCCAUCUGAGGAGUACCAGCAAGGAUUGAGAGGAUUAGGAGCCACUUACAGGAAACAGAUAGAAGAACAGCAGCAGUACGUGGAAGACUUGAAAAGCCAGAUUCAGACUGCACAGGUGAAGGGAGAGAAGGAGCUGGAACACGAGCAGUCGCUAAUCAAUCAGCAGGUCCAAGAAUAUGAACAGUGGCUUGUAAAAGAAAAGGAGCGUCUAAGUGCUUUGUGUCAACAGAAACGAGAAUCCUCAUCUCAGACUGAAGCAAAGACUUAUGUGGAGGUUGAAGUUCAGAACUGUGUACAGACAGACAUCCAGCCAUCACUGGAAGAGCAAGAGGGGAAGAAACUGGUGCAGCUGGAGCUCAUCCGAAAAUGCUCACUACGUAGGGCAGAGCGAAACAUCCGGAGAAAGAGGGUUAAACUUCAGUUAGAGAGAAUUGUCAAGAAACAAAAACUUUUAGAGGCCAAAAAAACUCUCCAGCAGCUGCGGGCAGCCUGCUGGCUUAGUGAUGACAUAGUGAAGCCAACUCUUCUCCAUGUGCCAAAGGUACAAGAGACUUCUGCUGGCGUUACAGCUCUGCAUAGGAGUAGUAGUUCUCCUUCCGGGUUCUCAUUCUACCGAAGAUGCUCAUUGCCUUGGACUUUACAGGCACUUCCCAAUACCUAUAGUGCUGUUCUAAAAAGGAAAUGUAAAUCUGAGCUGACCCACACUACCAAGAAUGAUGUUAGCAAUCCUUUACGAAGUGUAUCCAUAGAUUGUCUUCUUAACUCUUCUGAUAAUCCUGGUAGCAAUGAACAAUUGGAGAAUAAUCCUUUCAGUAUAAGUACCAAAAAUCUGCAAUUUGUUGAGGAAAAACGGAUUGAUUUGCUCAUAAAACAAAUCAGUGCAGGGGCAGCUCUUUUGUCAAGUGAUUCACAAAUGAGCAAAAAACGUCAAAAAAUGGAUAAACCUAGAGGUGGGUCAAAAGGGUCUCCCAAUAACUUCACAGCUGAACAACCAAAGAGAAGAAACAUACGGGCAAAUGUUUCUACAGGAACUAAGGACACCAAGCCGAAGCCAUUAAAAAGUCCUUCUCCUUUGACUGUUGGUGGCCCUAAAAAGAGUACAGUACAAGAAAAGAGCAAGUUAAGCCCAAAAAGUGAUGUAGGCAAACCACCACCCCAAAAAUCUGUAAAGCACACACAAAUAUCACCUGGCCAAGUGAAGCCACCUUUGGGAGAGUCAACGGUAAAAGGCAAACCAGUCAAAUACACCAUGGCUUCUAUUAAAUCGAAUACUCAAAGGAAGCCUGCUAAGCAAGUUAAUAUGGUUUCAUCAUCUAUUGAUAACAUUUCCAAGAUAGCCAACAGACGUGGAGAAAACCAAACAAGUAACAGAGGCAGGAUAAGCACAGAAAGACCCAAUAGAGUACUCCUAAAAGCGAAUAUUCAAACACUGGAAGACUGGAAGGACAACCAUACUGAUUCCUCGGAUAGUGAAAGUUUCUAUUCUGUUGAUUCUCUUUCUUCUGCUUAUGCCAGUGCCUUAGCUGAACAGCUGAAACAGGAGGAUAUACAGAGGCAAAGAAAUAACAAUAGGCAGAAGGAUUCAGACAGUGAAGAUAGCCAGAUUUCUCAAGACUCUCUUGCUGAAAAAGAGAAGAGAAAAGAGAGACCCAAUAAAAGAAGAUUUAACAAAUACAAGACUAUUGGGGCAACAUCCCCCACCACAUCUUUUGCUGGAGAACAAAAUUCUUUCCCUUUAGUUACAACUGGAUCAGUCAUGACUGGAUUGAGCAAGAGCUUCUCUCUAGAUAGCUUAGCUGAUGCAGAAGAUGUACUUGAGGCGGAUUCAUCGGAAGAACUUCCAGCUGAGAUCUUUUGGAAGCUUCAAAGCCCUAGGAGUUUGAUCUUGAAUGAAGAAGACAAAAAAAAGGAAAACAUUGCAGGACCAAGAGAAGAUAGUGGCUUGGACAUUAGUAAUUCAUUUUAUCUCAAGGUGAAUGAUGGACCUACCCCUGAUUACUGUGAUGUCAGUUUACCCAGAGAAAUGGAGUACCACCUUGCUAUCCUUUCGAAUAUAUGCGAUGGGACAUCUCAGACAAUCUCUCUUUCUUGUGAUAGCAUUUCUAGUUCAUCUGGAUUAUCAACUCAAACAGAUACUGUGAAGCCAAAUGAGAAUACUGUACAUGGGGAUGCUUUGUCUCCUGCCUUUGUUCCAAAAUUAGAGUGUCAUGUUAGAGAGGAUGAGAAAAACCAUUUGUGUAGUAAUGAUAAAGUUUCUGACAUUAAAUCUGACCAAUUUCUAAGUCAUCUUGAAGCUCCCCAUAGAAAAUCUGCGCAACAUUCAAGUGUCUGCUCUGUCUCUCAUACAGAAACACAAGACAGACCACCAAAUACAUAUGCAGUUAAAGGAAGAAAAAUGGUGCAAGAAGAAAAUGGCCAGGUGUGUCGUCCACCAGACUGUAAUGAUUUAGACAGGAGAUACUCCACUGACUUAGACUCUCUUUACUCUGGCCAAAAUAAUUCACAGAGUAUUCCAGAGUCGUCAUCUGAUCUAACAGAAUGCAAAAGAAGAAAACCAUGUUCAGAAAGUGAAGACAACAUUGCAAGCUCUUUAGAAACUGCAGUAACCUGCUCUAAAAAUGUAACUUUCAGGAAAGAAAUUCAGGGAGAAGAUGAGCAACUGAAUGCAAAAAGGGAAAAACUCUGCUCUAAGGAACUUAAUGAAAUCUCCCUUGUGGAUCCAACAGAGAUGUGCGACGGUAAAGAGCUACUAAAUUUGCCUCUAACACAAGAACAUUUACAUCUUAAUUCAACUACAAAAGGAGUCGGUCAUUGUACAAAUUAUGCAAUGCCAAUAUGUUUGCACGCUCAACUUGAGAACCUGCAUAAUCCACAACAGAAUAUUUCUCCCAUUUGUCAAGAAACUGUCAUUUUUGGAACUCUGUGUUCUGAAUCAAUACAAAAAAACUUGAGUAUGAGUCAUUUUAAAGAAGACGAUCAUAUAACUUAUUGUGAUUCUGAUGCCAUCAAGUUGUCAUCACAAAUUCAAAGGUCGACAGUCGAGGAGGACAUUAAUGCAAAUGCAGAUAUCAAAACUGAGAAGGAAACAAAUCCUGUUCAAGAAAAAAAACUUAUCAGUAAAGAGGUUAAUGAACAGUGCUUAGUCCAAAAGCAAUCUGUACCUGACCCUUGUUAUGAAGAAAUGUAUGUAAAACCCAAUCAGAUAGCAAAUUCACUUUGCCACAAAGGGGAAAAAACUACUGUGGUAGAGCCCACUGCCAUAGACCCCUCUCCAGUCACAGAGCUCGCAAAUCAUCUGGUCAGAGAUGGUUGCAUCAAAGUUGCAACAGAACCUAAUAGCCUUUUCUCAAAUGAAAGUAAAGACCUGUGUUGUACAAUACAAGAUAAUAGCAUUUUAGACAAAAAUUGUCACAUGGCUGACAUUACUGAAAACUCUUCAAGCAUGAAAUAUGGAGCUGUCAGACCUUCUCCAAACCAAGACACAGUGAUUCAUUGCAUUCAGUCUAAAUCUAGAGAUCCUGAUCAAUUUGAUAGCACUGCACAUAUAACAGAUGACAAAGCAUGUUCACCCCCAAAUGAAAGGACUUUAUCAGAAACCAAUACGUUGGAGAGUGAUCGUGAGUCGCUAUGUGGGUUAGCAAAGACAUGUUUCAUUUGUCAACCUGAAGGGUCUCCUAAAAGUCAGUAUACAAUGGGAACAAGGCAUCUGCUCUGCUCUGAGUGUAUUCGUGAUAAAAGCCAAAGUAAUGAUGUGUUUUUUUCCAAAGCUCACUCUAAGGAAAUGCAACUUUCACAUGAAACAUAUCAGAGUAAAAGUGCAGACGAUAUAAUAGCCACACACAACCAUUUGGUUCCUGCUUGUGAAGCAUCCAAACAGGUCUAUGUCUCCCCAGCUAUUGAUACUACAUCCUCCAACAGGGAUUUGUCAAGGCAUUACCAUACACAAUAUCAAAUUCUGAAGGAAGAGAGUGCAGAAGUAUCAUGUGAAACCUAUCCAUCUGUCGUAAAUGAAACUAUUCCUGUAGAACAUGCAAAAUUAAAAAAGUUUACGGAUGUUAAUAGUAAUAUAAAGUAUAGAAUUGACUUCAGCAGCAACACUGAGGGUGAUCACUGGAAACAUUGCAGUGGGCCUGAAAACAGUACAGAACUAGGAUAUGUCGCAGAGGAUUCAUCCGCCGAUUUCCAGCAAGAAAGAGAUGCUUCUGCCAAUCGCAAUUUGUUAGAAGAUAUGAGUGCCACAUGUCUACCUCUUCUGUAUUAUGAGGCAAAAAUGCAGAAUGAACCUUUUUGUAAAGUAAAAUAUCAAACUGAAAGUCUUGAUCAAGGUAUGUUUUCUGGCAAUAUGGACUGUUUAAAAGAAGUGUUUGCUUCUAAACAAAGUGUCUUGAGCAGUAGCUUUCCAAGCACGAGUACAGUAAAAAAUGCUACAAAUGCAGAUGAUAUUAUGGAGGCUGAUGGAGGCUAUAACCCCCAAAAUGGAGACCUACAACUUAGUAGCACAUUAAAGACCAGAGGUUGUAGUAGUGUCAUGAGGAGUGUGGAUGCAAAUUGUAGGUUUGUAAUGCCAAAACAAUAUGGUGGGUCUGAAGACAGCACAGAGACCAUCGCUACAUCUUCUAACAGUAACAUUAAUAUGCAUAGCAACUUGCAAAAUAAACCUGAGAGCACUGGUGGACUUUCUAGUGAUACAUGUAGUGAUGACAAAACACAAGAAGAAUACAAUUUAUUGACACAAACAAACAAGUAUGAAAAUAUACUUAAAACCAGUGAAGAAGAAUGCAGUAAGAAAGGGUCAAGAGAUGUUUGCUUAGAUCAGUACGAGUCGGCUCUCUGUACAACUGAAGAGGAAAACACCAAUUUAGAGUCCAAAGAUGGAGAUAACUUAUCAAAUGCUAGAUCAUUGUGCAACAUGAGGUCUGACACAUUGCAGGACCCAGCCUCUGAGUAUUUCAACAAGAAUGUGUUUCCACGAGAUCAGAAUGAAGAGGGUGCAAUAAAAAAUUGUGCGAAAUCAGAAAUGGUAGAAUUGGUUACAGAAAAUGCACAUGCCAGACAUUGCAUAGAAGACAACAUGUAUCAGCCGACUUGUUCUACAUCAUCUCCACAAGAUUUAUCUGCUGAUCAAGUUUAUGGGGAACGGGACUGCAACUUGGGCAUGACCAAUGAUUUAUCCAGUCCUAUGACGGACAGAAAGGUUUGUAAAGUGGUAUGCGAAUUGGAACCGUUUUGUGACCAGAACUUAGCACAACCUGCCCACAGUAACAGAGUAGAUGACCAAGUGACUUGUCCUGUAGAUGUAGGAGACAAAGAAAAUGGUGAACUUGAAGAAAAGUGUCUGAUUACAGAAGUCUGUGGAGAAUAUUCUUCAGAUCUGAGUGAUUCAACAGACGAUUCCUCCAGUGACACGGAUACAUCCAGAUAUUUGGUUGUGAAGAACGUCACUGGUGUGCAAAACGGGUUAGUGGACAUGUUAACUGGAUGUGAACCGAAUUCAUCAGUAAGUAAAAAGGACAUUAAUGAAAUCUCUCAGUCCGCCACUUCUGAGGAAGAAAUGUCACCAAGCAUGGACAGCAUUAAAACUCCAUCCCCUGAAUAUCCCAAUGUUCUAGAUCAAAUGAAUUCAACAGAGUCUGAUACAAAUGAGUUUUCUCCCUCUCCUGUUGGCACUUUACUAAGUAGAUCAAAUUCUGUUGGAAGAUUAAUGAAGGAGCAUAGCAAUUUAGAGAUGAAAUCUGAGGUAUGUGCGCAAGAUAAUAUGACUGAUCAUCACACUCAAACAGUCCAGUCACUGUAUUGUACAACAAACUAUAAUGUUUUAAUGGAAGAUGUCGUUAACAAAGCUUAUUUAAUAAGUAGUCCAGUAGAUGAACACCACACAAAUAUAAUUCCCAGACCUUUACACCAAACAGAACAGUCAACAGAUGUUGUAGACAAUGCUGAAAGUCUUCACUUCUCCUCAAGUGACAUAAAUCCCUUUGUUCAUUCUUGGCAGCAAGAAGGCAGUCCCAAACCUGGAUGGAGGCACUGCACGUUCAACAGUGCCAGUGAUGUAUCCUGUGCUGAAUUCAGAGAACAGGCUGAUAAACUGAUGCGCUGCUCCAGUGUUGACGAAGGGCUUAACAGUCACAAUUCUCCAUUUCAUUCUCAUCUUAGCUCCUAUGCAAAUGCUAAAGCAGUAUCCAGUACUAUAAGUAGUCUUGGAAGGAACGAUUCAAGGCCAGAUAUAACUUCACUGGAUGAUUCUCAGGAACUGCUAUCUGAUGAAUCUGCUGUAAUAUGUACAGGUAAUAGAGCAGAGUUUACAGGAAUCUCUGAGUUAGAGACAAAAUUUGAAGACCACUCACAGUUGGAUGAAAUCAUAUUUUUGUAUACAUCAGAGUCAGAGACUUGUAAUGAACCCGUAAAGCAAGUAUCUGGCGAACAGGGCCCACACAUUAAGCAUAAACAUCGGAAGACCUCUAGGCAUCAGAGAAAGCACACCAAAAUAUGCCCUUCAGAGCAGAUGAGGAACAGGAACAUAUGCCAAAGACCUGCAUCUUGUUCAAGCGUGCAGAGCAUGUCCUUACAUUUGUCACAACUUCUGCAAGAAACAUCAGAAUUGCUAGGAAAUCUCUCAAAACAUCAUCCUGAAAAUGUAAGGACGGAGGACAUCAAGAUGCAAAGAGAUUGUGAAGACCACAUUCUGAAAAGAUCAGUGAGAGACUCCUCCACACAGACAUCUGUGGACAAAGGCAUUCAGACAGAUUCACACAUAGUGAAAAAUGCACAAAAACAUACAAGCGAGCGCAAACAUUUCCUAAGCUCCUCGGGAAUAAAUGUUAUAGUUAAAGUCCUGGGAACAGAUUCGUUGACUCACAUUCCUCAAAAGACAGAACAAAGUAAAGUGACUAAAACUCGACCACAAAGUCUACCAAACCUACAUGAGUUUGAACUUUCCAAACAAUCAGAGCGUGUUGUGUAUCAUUCACCACAAGUUCGAGCAUCCAUCCCAUUGUUAACUGGCUCACAGGACAAGUCAUCUACAGCUUUCCCAUAUUCUUCUUCCAAAAGUUCUUCUGUUUCCACCAAUGUGAAUAAAUGUGCAGAAGAUAUGGUGGUAAAUAGUCCAUCUUUUAGUGAGGUUGACACCGCAAGGUACCACACCAGCUAUUAUGAGAAAACUGCAAUGGUGGAUAGAGCAUCAUCACCAAUUCUAACUGUGAAAGCAAGUAACAAAUUUCACUAUAAACUGGUACGUGAUAAUCAUUUAAAUUAUCAGAAUUUUGCUAAAAUUCUUCGUAACAGAAAGAGAAAAGAACGUGAACUCCGUGAUCUACAACUGAACAGUUCACAAACGGAAACAGACAGUGAAUCAAAUGCAGGCAAUGAAUAUGGAGCUGCACGGAGUAGCUCAUUGAAGGAAACCACCAGAAAAAAAGUUUCAAGUGCAAAAUUCCAGAGAUUUGUGAGUGAAGGUUGCAUUUUACGAGAUGCAGACUCUUCUUUCACUAACCAAUCCAGUAGCAACUCAGAGAUUACAAGUAGUGAAAAAAAGUGUAAUGGUGUAAGUCAUUUUACUGCCAUGCAUGGGAAGAAGGCCUGUCACCCCUGGGAGCACUUGCAGUCUCUUCAAAAUCUCUCUCUAAUGUCCCAGACUGUAACAAGCAGAGAUGAGCAGAUCCUAAGACAAAGUCCAAAAGAAUUUAUUAGUGAUAAGAAUGAUCUUGGCAGUUUUACCAUAACUUCAGGUAACUCGUACAAUAAAAAUCGAAGCUAUUCACCUUCACAGAUUAGUGGCUUUGAUUUGCACUUACAAGAAGAUGGAUUAUCAGUUGUAGAAAGCGAGUGUAAUACCGACAUUCUUCUUGGUCUGGAUCCAGCCUUGAGAACCUGUCAGAAACCACAUGGUUAUGUUUUACAUGAUCUACCCAUGCACAAUAAAUUCAGCAAUUGGUCUGGAGUUCAGUGCGGUUCAACGAAGAAUGGAAUGGUAAGCAGCAGUCCUAAUCUGAAUAUGAGAGGAAGUCCUACUAAGACUGAAGCAUCUCAGGAAGCGCUUGACAGUAGAUCGCAGGAAAUUGAGAGGCUGCAAAAAGAACGGGCAGAGGUUUUAUCUGCGAUACACUUGGAGAUGAAUCCACUACCUCUUACUGUUCAACUUGCAGAAGCCAAACUGAGCUAUGGCAUUGGAGAAACAGAUGCACUUCUGAGAGUGCUCCAGACAGGAAAGAUGGAUCCUCAAGAUACCGUAUCUAUAAAGAAACAGUUGUACGAAAGGCACUUGAAGAUGAUUGAAAAUGUGCGCAAGGAAAGGGAGGAGAGGCUUCAGCGUUUUAGGAGAAGUCGUAGUCUCAGCCCCCAGAAACAGCUGAGUGCGUCUCAGACAUCACUGACAUCCUUGAGGGAGUCUGACUUGCCCAGCCGGCGUAGAGAGUACCUGCAGCAGCUCAGGAGGGAUGUGGUUGAUAAUACCAGGAUUCAGGAACCAAAGAGUCGAGCCCUGCAGUGUCCUUCUGAAAUUGAAGUAAUGCUAAAAGACUACCAGAAGGCUCGGGAAGAGGCUAAAACUGAAAUUGCUAAAGCAAGGGACAAGUUACGAGAGAGGGCCGAAAUGGAGAGGAGAAGGUUACAACAAGGUAGUCUAACGAAGGAUGAUACCAAAAUGAAGACACUUGUAAGCACCAGCACUUUAUUUACCAAUUCCAGUCUCAGCCUGUCCUCAGGACCUACCUCUGGGUAUAACAGUGGAAUGACUGCAACAAUUGGUCAGGGCAGCAAGCUCAGCAGCCAGGAGACAUUGCUAAGAAGUUUGGAUCCAGCUCUGGGCUCUGGAAGAGGUCGCUCGGCGGUGAGGAAUUAUGACCUUUUCACGACUACCAGUAUUUCAGUUCCAGACCCCCAUAGGACAAGCUCAUCCACUGCAGAAUCACUACCUGGAAAAUCUAUCCCCUGCUCUCCGCAGCGCAAUUCUCUCCUCCAGUCUACGGCAGUUGCUUACCAGGAGCUCGCCACUCGGGUUCAGGCCAGUGCUAUGGCAGAGGUAAUGACUGCUUGUUCCUAUGAUGUAAAGAAGCUAUACAAUCACCAGGCAGCAGCUGGAUGGAUAUACCAAAGCACUGAGAAAGAUGUACUGGUGUACUAUAAAGCCUUCUCAUCCCCAACAAAGCAUGGAUUUAUUGGAGCUGGAGUCAUUAAGAGGCCGAUUCAUGAUGUGUGGUGCAUGGUGAAAGACAUUAGUGCUAGGCGAUUGUAUGACCAAUCGAUUCUUACAGCCUGUGUACAUGAGAGAAUGGGCAGUAACAUUCAGUUGGUGCAUGUGAUGACUGACACGUCACUUUGCUAUCUGAAACAACCCAGGGAUUUCUGCUGUUUGGCUGUGGAGUACAAGCAGGAGAAGUGUUACAGCUUGUGCUUCCAAUCUGUUUAUAAUGAAUCUAUGCCACGUCCUAAUAAAGACACUGUACGAGGAGAGCUGCUGCCUAGCGCAUGGAUCCUCCAGCCAGAUACCAUCAAUGGAGAAGCCAUCACAAGAGUCAUUUACAUGGUACAGGUUGACCUUGGAGCACCAGCUAUUCCUUCAAGGCUACUUAGUGUGAUUAGCAAACGUCAGCCUCUAGUGAUUGCAAACCUGGCCAGCUUUCUCUCUAGGUAAUCUGGAGGAAAUGACUAAGGCCCCUUGCAGACGAGCGUGUCCGGAUGCGUUGCGUCUGUGAUGAGAGAAAAUCGUGCGAGUAGGUACACAAUUGCAGUCAGUUUUGACUGCGAUUGUGUUCCGAUGUUCAGUUUUUAU